AUUUGUCGAUAAACCCAAAUAUACAUCAAUAAAAACCAUGCCAUAAUGGUGGGGUAAUAUUUGUCGUCCUUGAUUUGAACAACAUACCAGUUAUAGUUUAAAAAAAUGGGGCUACGAGAUCUUUUAAAUGUGGAAACCAUCUACUUAUAUGUAGCACAAAAUGCAAGCCUUCACAAAACCGAUAUGUUCGAUUUGGUUAAUGAUCCAAUAGAACCUACGGCAAUAUUUCGCAGAGGGAUGAAAUUCACUCUGGCCAUCAGAUUCACCAAUGCAGGUUUCAGUGAGGGUUACGACAGGAUCUGUCUUCGUUUCGAUUAUGGUCCAACUCCAAAUCCAUUGAAAUCGACACGAGGUGUUGUUAAUAUAACAUCUUCCAAAGUAGAGGAUCAAGAUGAGAAGAUAUGGUAUGGAAACCUACUUGCUAAAGGCGAUGAUACUGUUACUGUUGAAGUAUCGAUUCCACCAAGCGUUCCAGUAGGGAUAUGGAGGUUACAAAUAGAAACAAGUAAGAUCAACUCACCUGAAAGAAAAAAAACCUAUACUUAUCCAAACGACAUAUACAUUCUCUUCAAUCCAUGGGUCUGCGAAGAUUUGGUGUUCAUGCCUGAGAAGAGACUCCUGGAUGAAUACGUCCUCCAGGAAGUUGGGAAAAUCUGGGUUGGGGCUUAUGGAAGUGCAAAAGGACGAGAAUGGGUGUUUGGUCAAUUUAAUGCAUGUAUUCUUCCGGCAAUUAUGUUGAUGAUGGACAGGAGUAAUUUGCCUCAUUCAAGUCGAGGAGAUCCCGUCAAAGUUUCUCGAAUGAUCUCGAAGAUGGUGAAUAGUAAUGAUGAAGAUGGUGGAAUCCUUAUUGGAGAUUGGAGUGGCGAUUACUCAGAGGGUACUGCUCCUUCAGCUUGGACCGGAUCUGUAGCCAUUUUACAGGAGUAUCUAGAUACACAAGAGCCUGUUCCUUUUGGCCAAUGUUGGGUAUUUGCGGGCGUCGUCACAACAGUGUGUCGUGCUCUUGGUAUACCAUCUAGAGUAGUUUCAAACUUGGUGUCGGCCCACGAUACCAACUCGAGCUUAACAAUAGAUAAGUAUUAUAACAAAGACGAUGAACCCAUUGAAGGAGACCCUAAUAAUCCAAACGGUGAGGACUCUAUAUGGAACUAUCACGUUUGGAAUGAUGUAUGGAUGGCAAGACCAGAUCUACCAUCAGGUUAUGGUGGCUGGCAAGCUAUUGAUGCUACACCCCAAGAAACAUCAGCGAAUUUCUACCAGUGUGGUCCAGCGUCGUUAGAAGCUAUCAAACAAGGAGCUGUUUGUUACAAUUAUGAUGUUGAGUUCAUGGUAUCUUCUGUAAAUGCGGACGUCCUUCGAUGGAAAGAAGAUCCACAUCAUGUGCUUGGAUACGCCAAAAUCUACUGCAAUAAAUACCACAUCGGCAGAAUGAUUCUAACUAAGAAACCAUUCAUCUACGAUCCAAACGGGGACAGAGAUAGAGAAGAGAUAACUUCUUCUUACAAGCAAAAGGAAGGUACAGAAGCCGAAAGAGUAUCUCUAUAUAAUGCUGUCAGAGGAUCGGAAAUAGCAAAGAAGUUCUUUGCAAUGCCAGAUCGUGAAAUGGAAGAUAUGGAAUUUGAAUUGAAAGAUAUAGAUAAAGUAAUGAUUGGCGAGACUUUUGAAGCUAUUAUUACAAUUAAAAAUAAGGGAAAGGAAGUUCGCCAUAUAGGGGCAGUUAUCACUGCAUACAGCGUAUACUAUACAGGAGUGAAAGCUCAUCUUAUUGAAAAGGCUAAGGGAGAUUUUUCCAUGCCGCCUGGAGCAGUUGAAACAUUGAAAAUGACAAUUCCUCCGGCGAAAUAUUUGGAUAAGCUAGUGGAAUACGGCAUGGUAAAACUUUAUGCAGCAGUAACAGUCAAAGAAACUAGACAAACUUGGGCAGAUGAAGAUGAUUUCCAAGUAUUAAAACCACCAAUUAGGAUACAAAUUCCAGCUGAAAUUCCAUUGCAAAAGAAUACUACCAUCAGCUUGGGUUUCAAGAAUCCACUCAACAUGGUACUAACAAAAUGUAAAUUUUACGUCCAUGGUCCAGCAUUGCUCAAGAACUACAUAUUAGCUUGUCCUGAUGUUCAACCCCAACAAAAUGUCUCCAUUGCUGCAGGAAUCAGCCCAAGAAGUUUGGGAGAACACGUUUUGGUUGCAACAUUCCAUUCUUCUGAACUGCAUGACGUUACUGGUUCUGUUAAAAUCCAUGUUUACUAGGUUUAAAUUAGGUUAUUUUCUUCAACUAAUAAGGCACUUGCUUAAGUUACCCUUCAUUUUAUAUUUGGUAGGUACCUAUUUCUUUUUGCAGGUCUUUACUAUUCCAGAAUAUUGAUAAUCAAUCAGUUAAUAAAUAUAACUCAAAAUUAAUAAAAAUAUAAUUGAAAAUACCUGUCUUUCAAUAAA